UCAUGACUUCAGUGUUGGGAAUGGCACUGCUGGGCUUGGCCCUGAUGGCAGGGCCCACCGUGGCCUUUGUCCCUAACGGGGGUAGGGUGUCCACUCAUGUCAGCAUUACUCGAACAGCCCUAUUGGAUAAAGUGAAAGAGACAUGUCGGGCAGUGGUUGAGGCAGCAGGUCAUGAGUUCAAUCCCACGGGUUCCUCUCCUGAGGAGUUGGUUCAGGCUUGUCUUGGACCCACAGCAAAAGGAGAAGUGUCAGGUGCCAAGUUUCACUCUGCUCUUCAAGAAAUCUACAACCAGAAUGGACUGGUAGACUAUCACUAUGUCAAUAGUGCUCCACACCACUUCAACUCAGAGGCAUUCCUGCAGGGACGUGGCCUAAUCACGGAGGGAAUGGUGGCCAUUAAGGCUAACAUUCGCAAGGAGAACUUCCAGGCUGCCAGAGAAACACUGGGCAGAGUUCUUCAUACACUACAGGACUUCUACAGCCACAGUAACUGGGUGGAGCUGGGAUACACAGAACCAUACAUCAACCUCAUUCGCCCAGAUCAGCCACUGGAAAACCUGGCAGAUGUCAACACUGCCACCUGCAGGGACUGUGCCAGUGGAACAUGUCCCAAUUCCAUUCUCCCCAACAUCCUGAAUGAGAAGAAGCUCACAUCAGGCUACAUGGGAAUCUACUCUUCCGCCAAGCCUAAAGGUAAAUGUAGCCAUGGAGGUGCAGCUGACCUGACUAGCACAACAGUUCCUCGUGGUGGCAUCAACAAAGAUGAGCAUCGCUCUGACAACGUGGCCUUCCACAAUGCUGCUGUGAAUGCAGCCACCGCUGCAAGUCUCCAGCUACUGGAGGACAUCCGCUUAGCUGCUGGGGACAAUGACUUUCUGAGAAUGAUGGGGAUUGCCCGCUCAUCGGUCGUGUGCUUUGUUAUUGACACCACUGGCAGUAUGUCUGAUGACAUUGAUGAAGCCAGGGAUGUUGUUUACGAAAUAAUUGACAGCAAAAAAGGAACACAGGAUGAGCCCUCUGAGUACAUCCUGGUGCCCUUCAAUGACCCCAGUUUUGGACCGAUGAUCAGGACAACAGACCCCGAUAAGAUGAAAAAAGAAAUCUCUGAACUUACAGCACAGGGAGGGGGAGAUAUCCCUGAGCUGUGUCUGUCAGGACUUCAGCUGGCUCUCACUGGUGCCCCAGCCUCCUCCCACAUCUAUGUUUUCACUGAUGCUACACCCAAAGACAUCGCCCUCAAGGACACGAUUCUUGCUCUCAUCAGGAGCACCAAGUCAACAGUGUUAUUCCUGCUGACCCCGGCCAGUAGGAGGCGUCGUCGUUCCCUCGGUACUGGUUCCUUUGAAGACUACAAGGAUCUGGCUGUGGCCUCUGGAGGCCUGGCCAUCCAGGUGUCCAAGAGACAGUUGCCUCAGGCAACAGACGUCAUCCUUGACACCUCUACUUCAGCUCUGGUGACAGUUCUUCAGCGGGCAAGGAACUCUGGGAAGCAGGAGACUUUCCCCUUCAUACUGGAUGAAUCUCUUCAAAACAUCACCAUCUACAUCACAGGAACAUCCAUUACUUUCACACUGACCAACCCUGCAGGUGUGAGUCAGAGCAACACUGAGGCCAGUGGUAAACUGGGGACCAUUCGGACAGUGGGCAACCUGAGAAGAAUUCGUCUCAACGCUGACAAGCAGACAGGAAGAUGGCAGAUCACCAUUAACUCCAACCAACCAUACACACUCAAAGUCACAGGCCAGAGUACCAUUACGUUUAUCUAUAACUUUGUGGAAAGCUUCAAGGGACCUCACCCAGGUUUUGCAGUACUCAGUGGGCGUCCACAAGCAGGCCAGCCUGCCACCUUGAUGCUCUCAGUAAUGGGAAGGAAAGGUCCGUCAUCAGUGAGUGUUGGAAACAUUGGCCUAGUAACUGUGUCUGGUCCUGAGGUUGUGAGCAAUGGUACGAUGACUGACAUGGGUAGCGGAGACAUCCUGGUGACUGUUGACAUGGUCCCUGAGGGGGAGUCUGUGGUCUUUCUGAAAGGAACAGACAAAGUGUCAAACUCUGAAUUUCAGAGGCAGUCUACCACCCAGAUGUCUGUCUCCAAAGUGAACAUCCAGGCUGUGGUGGACAGCAGUGUGGAGCCAGGAGAAACCUUUAAGCUCCCCUUCAGUGUAAUGACCCAGGGCUCUGGUGGUCAGUUUGAAAUCAGUGCCAGAAAUGACAGAAACUUCUCCAUGUCCUACUCAAGCAGCCUCACCUUGACAACUGGAAGAUAUACUAAUGAUACGUUGACCAUUACGGCACCUGCCAGCACACCAUCAGGCACUGAUAUCACUCUGACUGUGCAUGCCAAGUUGUCCAGUGGUGUUGACUCCAAUUACGUCGUGUUGAGAUUGUCUGUUGUCACCAAGAUAACAGAUUUUGAUCAGCCUUUGUGUGAAGUGGUUAGUGUGCAGGCUGAUGAUUGCCCUCAGGAUGUUUCUCAGUGUGGACCUUUCAAGUGGGAGCUCUUAGCCAACCUUACUGAUGGAAACGGUGCUGGGAUCGAGAGAAUCUCCCUGCAACAGGGUAAUGGAUCCCUCUCAUACACCUCUCUGAGUGCUCCUGUUGUCCAGGCGAACUACAACGCCUCCUGCUGCUCGCAGAUUGUGGAGAUCAUAGCUGUAGAUAAAGUUGGCAAUGUGGGAAAAUGCUACCAAUCAAUUGUUCGUUCGGAUGGCCCUCCUGCUUUAACUCUGUCAUUGCCACUGUGGUUGUGCCUGUUGGUGUCUGCUUUUGUAAAGGGCUUAGUUUAGUUUAGCUGUGUCUUAUUUCUGUAUGCUGCAUCAGGUAUUGGACACUGUUGAUGAUUUUAAAUUACUCAAAACAAUUUGCUACCAUGAUGAACUGAAACAUUGGUGACAGUCAUCUUAAUCCCUGAUAUCCUGCUAGCGCAAAGUGUGAGCACUGAUUAAACAAUGGAUGAUGAAUAUAUACUUAAAUUGUCUGAAACAAAAUGUUUACAAUAAAUACUGUUGUACUUAAUGUUUGCACAUUUUUCAGUUUCAGCAACAGAAAUCGUGUUUUGGUUAAAGAUGACCAUAUUUUGAGAAACAUUAAUAAUAGGUUUCAAUCUGAAAGGAUAAAGGAAACUAACAAUAAUUUGCAUAGUGAGUAGCUUUGAAGAUUCCUGUUCUUUGGUGUGAGAUUUGAGAGAUUGGCACGUCUUGGCAAGCCUGUAUGUUAACCAAAAAUAUUAAAUUAUAGUGCAUUUGUCAUGGGUCGCCAUGACGGACAUUUUAUGUUUGAGCUUUUGUGUUAUGCUUGCACUUUUAGUUUGGUAAUUUCUUGUUUUAUUUUUUUAGUUACUUUCCUUGUUUCAUCUUGAUGUUUUGACUUCCUGUCUUUGUCCUGUUUACAGUCCUUGUUGAUUGUCUGCUCCGCCCUAAUGUGUUUCAUCUGUGUUUAAUCACCCUUGCCUCCCUUGUGUCUAUUUAGUCUCUGUGCUCCCCUUUUUUUAUGUCAGAUUGUCUGUUCUAGACCCCGUGCUUCUGUUUAAACCCCAUUGUGUUUCCUCAUGCUUCUGCUACCUGUUCAAGUUCCUUGUGUUACCUUGUGCUUCUGGUUCUUGUUUGAAGUGCCCUGUGUUUCCUUGUGCUUCAGAUUUCUGUUCAUGUCCCCUGUGUUACCUGUUGGUUGGUUCACCAGUUUUGAAAAUUCUCCUGUUUAUUAAACAUUUUUCACCAA